AUGACUAAUUCCACUGUGGUGACAGAAUUUCUCCUUGAAGGCUUUGGUGAUGCCUGGGAACCGAGGCUGCUGAACUCCAUGUUAUUUCUACUGAUGUAUUUGAUCACUCUUUUGGGGAAUCUUCUCAUCGUCUCUGCCACCACAUUUGACCAGAAUCUGCACACACCCAUGUACUUCUUCCUCAGAAAUCUGUCUAUCUUAGACAUGUGUUAUAUUUCUGUCACUGUCCCCAAUGCCUGCAUCACCUCUCUAACCAACAACAGGGCCAUUUCGGUGGCCGGAUGUGCAACUCAGAUAUUCUUGGUCAUUUACUUUGCAAUUGUAGAGAUGAUGUUCCUAACCAUCAUGGCCCAUGACCGCUAUGUUGCCAUCUGCCAACCCCUCCACUACCCAGUCACAAUAAACCACCAGUUUUGUGUUAGGAUGACUCUAGUUUCCCUACUCAGUAGUCUCAUUUAUGCUGGUAUGCACACUGGCAAUACAUUCCGACUGUCUUUCUGUCAGUCCAACGUAGUCCAUCAGUUCUUCUGUGAUGUCCCCUCUCUGUUGAGUAUCUCCUGUUCUGAAACCUCCAGCAAUGAAAUCUUAAUUCUUGUCUCUGCUAUUGUAGUUUGUGGUGGUUGCUUUAUCUUCAUUGCCCUCUCAUAUGUUCGUAUAUUUUCUACUGUGCUCAAAUUUUCAAACAAAGAACGAGGGAAAGCAUUUUCUACUUGUGCUCCUCACAUUCUAGUUGUUUCAGUUUUUCUCAGUUCAAUAUCCUAUGUUUGCCUAAAGCCUUCAGUAACAGCUGAAACAACUCACGAUAUUAUUCCUUCUGUACUCUACACAAUUGUUCCUCCACUUUUGAAUCCCAUCAUCUACAGUCUUAGAAACAAACAAGUAAAGGAAGCUGUAAGGAAAAUAAUAUUAAGAAAAAUUUACUCAGGAAAAUUUUAA